GUAGGCACUUGACGAUAAUGAUAAAAACUGUCUGCCUGUUGGCUUUAUGCCUCACUGCUGUUUUGGCGGUACCCUCACAACAAAGGAUAGUGGGUGGCUCAUUGACUACUAUCAAUCAAUACCCAUUUGCAGCUGCGGUUUUAAAGUUAUUCGGUGCAAAUUUCCGCCAAGUAUGUGGAGGUACAAUCAUCAACAACAGAUCUGUACUCUCCGCUGCUCACUGCUUUUUCCGUGAACCAACUAAUGCAUUCCGAGUACGAGUCGGCUCCUCCUUUGCCAGUAGCGGCGGUUCUAUUCAUUCUGUAUCUCGAAUCAUCAAUCAUCCCAAUUAUAAUGAUCUAACUAAAAACAAUGAUAUUAGCCUUUUGAGAGUUUCCCAAGCCUUCCCUAUUGGAAACAUUGUAAAAGUCGGGCGGAUACCUAGUAGCAAUUCUGGAGUAGCCGAUGGCCAAGCCGUAUGGGCUAUAGGAUGGGGGAUGACAUCUUUUGGUGGUUCACCUUCUGAGCAACUUCGCCAUGUCCAAAUCUGGACAGUCAAUCAAAAUACUUGCAGAAGUGCAUACGGUUCUAUGGUCAACGAUAAUAUGUUGUGUGCUGGAUAUCUGAACGUGGGAGGGCGGGACACUUGCACUCAAGACUCAGGUGGCCCUCUUCUCCAUAACGGUGUAGUGGUCGGUGUUGUCUCCUUCGGCAAUGGUUGUGGAAACGGUCGUUUCCCUGGUGUUUACGCUAGAGUUUCAAGAUACACAAGCUGGAUACAAUCUAAUGCGUAAAUGUAAAUAAAG